AUGGUUAGAGUCACCGAGAAAGUCAAACAUAAUUCUGUAUCAGGUCCUAGUUGUUUUUCUACCAAAAAUGCCAAUACUGUUUUUCAGGUGAUCGACGUUGAGCGGAAUCCCAACUUCAACUGCAGUUCUUUGAGCCAGUAUGAUCAAAUCAAGAUUGUUUCCGAUUGCAAUAAGAACAUCUCAGAAAUCAGUCGUGUACCAAGGAUAUUCCGGCCGACUCGGGAUUGCGACAUUGCCUGCCAAGCUGAAAAGCACUAUAAAGCUCUCCACAAAUACGUCCUUGAUCUUUGGAAGAUCCUUAAGCAGAAAUACGAGAAUUUCAAUUUGGAUGUGGAGAUCUAA